AUGUCAUAUCUGGGAAGUCAGGGGCCUUUGGGGGAGGCCUCCAGCCCGCAGACUCAGGGCUUGGAGUUCGUUCAUCCUUUCACUCCGUCCCAUCAGGCACAGACCAGCAUGAAUUCUUCCGGCAUGGGAAAUAUGGGGAACUUCCUAGACUCAACGGGCUACUCAGCUGAAAUGGGAGAAACCCACACUGCUGGAAUCUCCGCGGAGGCAAGUUAUGAUGCUGCUACGCUUCCGACAGCACUAGCACUUGAGGGGCCUGAAGCUGCAGCUGCUCUCGAGGAGUUGGAGCUGCAGGGAAGCAUGGAGGUAAAAGCUGCAGCAAAGACGCCUUCCAAGGGUUCUCCCGGCCUUAGACUGACCAUUGGGGUGGCGCUGCUGGUUGGAUUAGGAGCAGCAGCAGCAGCAGCAGCAGCAGCAGCAGCUCGGUCGUUACGGCGUGCGGUGCCUGCUUCGCAGAUGCCUCUGGAGGUAUCUGCUGGAAAUUUGUCUGCUCUUUCGCUCUCUGUGCAUGAGCAUUUUGUGCAGUUGGCAGAACGGUGGCACUCUUCUUCUCACGCGACGCAAGUGGCUUUCUGUCGUUGGUACUACCCCAAAAAACGCGGCAUCGUGGUUGUGCAAGACCCGAUUGAUACAUUUAAAGAACAUCUAAGGGCUUUCGAUUCUUUGAAGCAGCCCACAGAUGCGGAUGACUUCAAUGCGCGGCGCACGUAUGCGGUGCAGUGCCUGCUAAUGUGUGCUGUCAUGGAUGCUGCAUACAUGCGCUUGAGCCAGCUCGAGAGCACCUACGAGCGGUGGCAGAAGGACCCCACUUACUCUGUGAAUGUUCUUGACCUACCAGGCGCCUUUUUGAACUACGCUGAACUCAACGCGACACCAGGCACUGUCUCCUUUCAGGACUUCUCUCGGCGGCUUACCGAAGCGGGGUUCGAAGGGCUGAGCGCUUCUGCUGCAGAUGCGGAACAGCCUCAAAUUCCCCCCGCUCUUGCCACGCGGCUAGAACACCAGGCUAUGGAGGAUGUCUUUAUGAAGACGGAAGAUAAGAGGGUGCUUUCUGUCUUUCAUGACUUCUACACCAAGGUGCAACGAACGCUGCUGGCGCACGACAGUCCCUACAAGCCACAGGACCCAGCAGCAAAUGCACCAGUGCAGGAGCCUCUUAGUGAGAUACCGAUGUUCUCUACGGCGUCUCCUUUUUCUGUGCAAGUGUUUAAGCAGGCGUUGGAAGAGGCAGAAAAGACCUUCGACAACGCAGUUUCUCCCCAGGAAGUUCAGAGCUGGGAACAGAUGUGGACAGUCGGUGGCAUAGCAAGUGUCCUGAGGCAACUCGAUGAUAAAUCCAUUAGAAAUUUAGUACAAGCACAAAAGCUCGUGCAAAAAUAUGCUGAAGUUGCAGGAACCGCCAGUGGAGCAGGCUACGACGGGUUGGGUAUCUUGGAAACGGCCCUCUCGCUGCUGUAG